AUGGCGAUCACGGAAGGGUACAACUACCCCAAUGCUGGAAAUACCAGUUAUGUCGUGCAGUACACUCGAGGGUUGUUAGGGGUCAAUGUCAAACUCGAUAACCUUCUCACACAGAUAAUAUGCGGUACCCUUGGAGCAGCUUGUGUCGCCGUGCUGGCAACGAGAUUUGGCCAGAUGCUGAAUGCCUAUCUGCGUCGAAUUACUUCCGCCCAUGCAACCCCCAGGCAACAACGGUACUGGGCUACUGCGGAGUCGGCACUCUGGGCGGAUAUCAAGAAACAUCUGGUAUAUGCACCGCUGGGGAGGAAGCGACAUAAUCGAGAAUUUAAGCUCUCAGAUGCUGUAAACGUGGGAACCUUGCCGUCGCGCCUGCAUACGAUCCUACUCGGUUCAUAUUUCUUGAGCCAAGUAGCAUAUCUCACUAUCCUCGACUACAAUGUCAACGAAAAGGCUGCAUUGAUUGCAGAACUGAGGGGCAGAUCUGGUGUCCUUGCCGUACUUAACAUGAUUCCGCUGGUUAUACUCGCGGGUCGAAAUAACCCGCUCAUUCGAAUUCUACACGUCAGCUUCGACACGUACAAUCUCCUACACCGAUGGAUAGGGCGGAUAGUGGUCAUUCACAGCGUCAUACAUACUUGCGCCUGGAUGACGAACGCUGUUACCGCCAGUGGUUGGUCAAAAACCUUUCAUGACUUGGGAUCCACGAAAUUUUUCACAGCAGGCCUCAUCGGGACUAUAGGCAUGGUAUUAUUGCUGCUUCACUCGCCAUCCCCAAUCAGACACGCCUUCUACGAAACGUUCUUGCAUCUACACAUACUUUUGGUUUGCUUGGCAAUCGCGGGAGUUUAUAUACAUCUUAAUGUUGAUGGGCUACCGCAACUUCCGUGGUUGCAGUUCAUCAUAGCCUUCUGGGGAGCGGAGAGAUUGGUUCGCUUCCUACGGCUGGCUUAUCUGAAUGUUUCUCGCCGCCAUGGCCUCACUCGGGUCAUGGUCGAGGCCCUCCCCGGAGAGGCCAGUCGAGUAACUUUCUUCCUCCCCAGAAACACCCAUAUACACCCUGGCAGCCACGUCUACGCUUACCUCCCCAAAAUCUCCCUCUGGAUGUCACACCCUUUCUCUGUCGCCUGGACAGAAAAUGGCAAGUAUCUCAAGCCACCGUCAAGUUCAGACGGCUCAUCCCCACGCAGCCUCCCAUCAUUCCAAAAACAGGAACCAGACCUCGACGACGCUACAAAUUACCGCACCCAACCUACAAACGUAACCCUAGUCAUGGCCGCACGCACAGGCAUGACCCGGAAACUCUACGAAAAAGCGCUCGCCUCUCCACAAAACAUUCUCUACACGACCGGUUUCAUCGAGGGGCCCUACCGCUCCCACCCCUCCACCUUCUUCGGCAGCUACGGCACCGUCGUCCUCUUCUCCGGCGGCGCCGGCAUAACCCACCAUCUCAUGCAGGUGCGCGAGCUGCUCGAGGCCGCGCAAGCCGGCACCGUCGCCACGCGCCGCAUCCAUCUCAUCUGGUCCGUGCGAACCACCGAGCAGCUCAUGUGGGUCAGCGGCUUCAUGGACUAUAUCCUCCAGCUGCCCAUGCGGCGAGAGAUGCUGGUGACGAAGCUAUUCAUCAGCAAGCCGCGCAGCCAUAAGGAUAUCAAGAGCCCCAGUGGGACGCUGCUGAUGUUUGAAGGGCGGUGUCGGCCGGAUGUCAUCAUUGAGGAAGCCAUGGAGAAUCAUGUGGGCGCGACGGCUGUGUCUGUGUGUGGACCGGGUGCGUUUGCUGAUGAGGUGCGCGCGUCUGUGCGGAAGCGAGUGGGCAGUGGGCCUGUGAUUGAUUUUGUGGAGGAGGCAUUUACGUGGUGA